GGUGAUGAAUUCAUACCUUAUUCAUCAUCAAAGUUACCCAGUGCUCUUGCUGUAUACUACUGCAAAGAAUAUCAGUAUUAUUUUUAAAGCAGCCUUCCUAUUUGAAGCAAUUCUUCGUGUUUGUGUGAGUGUGUGCCACAAAAUAUUUGAGACUGCUUCUUGUGUAUUUUCAUAAUUCUGACGCUGUUAAAUUGAAUUUUGCAAUCACUUCUUUUAAAUUAAAACCAUUUCCAUUUAGAUAUAUUUUUGUUGUUUCAGUUCAAUCCAACUAAACUAUGUAAGUUACAGACAUUUCAGACCUGCUGUGCCUUUUUCUUAGCUUAACAUUUUAGCUUGAGCUGUAAAAUAAAGCUAAGAGAGUUACCUAGGUACUGGAACAAAUAACUGAGUAAGUGGUUUCAUUCAAGGCCAGCACCACAAUUCUGUAUUACCAGUUUUGCGCAACAGCAGCAUUUCACAGCUCUGUGGGAAAGAAUUAAGUAACAAUUGUUUGAAUGUAACACAAGUCAGCUUUUUAUUCAGUACUGGAAGCUUUUUCUUCAGAAUUGUUACUAAACACAUUUUUACCACAGCUGCAAAGAAUAUUCUGUCCUGUUUAGCCUGUGGUUGUUUGUUAUUAGUCAUACUGCAUAAUCAUCACCGAGGUAAGCAACAAGCAAUCAUUUGAAUUAUUUGCAAGUGAUCUGAUACAUCAUGAUAUAAGCUCAGUGGCCACUUCAUUAGGUACACCUGUUCAAUUUCUUGUUAAUAAAAAUAUCUAACCAGCCAAUACCACACAUUAUUUCUGCAGAUAGUGUCAACCACUUAGACAUGGUCAGAAUGGGGGUGAAAGGCGGUUUAAGUGAAUAUCAGUGAUAGCAUGGUUGUUCCAGAAACUGCUGAUCUACUGCUGAUUUCCCCACACAGUAUUCUCUAGGGUUUACAGAGAAUCAUCUAAAAAAAGAGAAAAUAUCCAGUAAGCAGGAGUUCUCUGUCCAAAAAUGCUUAACUAAGGUCAGAGUAGACUGGCGAGACUGUUUUUAGAUGAUAGGAAGGCAACAGUAAACAUCCACUUGUUAUGGCCAAGGCAUGCAGAAGAGCAUCUCUUGGGUUACAGCAGCAGAAGACCACACCAGGUCUCACUCCUGUCAUAUAUUAAUGAAAACUGUUACACUUCGGACUUGAUUGUUGCCAAAAUUGGACAAAAGAAGAUUGGAAAUGGUAAUGGUGGGUUCAGAAUUUGGCACAAACAACAUGAAAGUAGACCCAUCCUUCCAGCUGGUGGUGGUGGCAUAAUGGUGUGGGGCCUGUUUUCUUGCCACACUUUGGACCCCUUAGUACCAACUGACCAUAAUUUAAACACCACAGCCUUCUGAGUAUUGUUGCUCACCGUGUCCAUCCCUUCAUGACAACAGUGUAGCCAUCUUCUGAUUACUGCUUCCAGCUGGAUAACACACCAUCUCACAAGGCUCAGAUAAUCUGAUUUCUGGAACACGACAAUGAGUUCUUUGUACUCAAGUAGAGUCCUCAGUCACCAGAGCUCAAGAGAUUUAAAUCACGGAUAUACAGCCGACAAAUCAGCAGCAACUGUGUGAUGUUAUCAUGUCAAUAUGGACAAAAACCUCAGAGGAAUGUUUCCAGCACCUUGUUGAAUCUAUGCCACAAAGACUUAAGGCAGCUUUGAAGAAAAAUUGAAGUGGCCCGUGAAUGUAUUUGAAAAAGUAAACAUAUGUGAAUAGGCCAAAGAGAAUGCAAUAAUGAAUAUGUACAAGAUUUAUUUAUUUUUUUAAUCUUUUUUAUGAUUAUUAUUCAAAGGCAUUAUGUUCUGUCCAACCUCCCCUAUGUUGCUUUUCUUCCUCCUGUUUCCUUUGAUAUUAUAUAGAUCUGGACUGUUUUGGCCAUCGCUCAGGGCCCUGGAUACGAGAGUACAGCUCUGACAGUGUGGUCUAUGCUGUUAUCACCAGGGAUGAUGGAGAGGCGGUAAGCAGCUCAUACGAGUCCUACGAUGAGGAGGAAGUGACCAGAGAGAAGUCGUCAUCAGCUCAGCACCAGUGGCCAUCAGCAGAGGCGUCUAUUGAGCUGAUGAAAGAUGCUCACAUCUGCGCUUUCCUGUGGAGGAAGAAAUGGCUUGGCCAGUGGGCCAAACAGCUUUGCGUUAUCAAAGACCAUCGUCUGCUGUGCUAUAAAAGCUCCAAGGAGCAGACACCUCUGCUGGAUGUGAGUCUGCUGGGCUGCAGUGUUGUUUACAAAGAGAAGCAGUUAAAGAGGAAAGAGCACAGGCUGAAGAUUAUUCCAGUGGGUGGGGAGACCAUUGUCCUGGGCUUGCAGAGCAAAGAACAGACUGAGCAGUGGCUGAAGGUUAUUCAAGAGAUCAGUCCCAAGCCAGCUGAUAGCUGUGACCCCCAACACACUGUGUCUGACUCCCCAAGGCUUAUUUGUACUAAGGGAGAGCUGAGUGAGAGAUACUCUGUGGCUUCAGAGAGCGGCAGCAGCACAGACAGCCAUGCUGAAACGCCAGAAAGCAAAGAUGUGAAGAAAAAAUAUGGCGCAGGUUUAAUGUUCAGCAACCUGAUGAACAUCGGCAAGAAAAAACCCUCCGCACUCGAGAGCCCAGAGAAAUGUGUCGACACCUCAGGCUACCUCAAUGUACUGGUGAACAGUCAGUGGCGGACCUGCUGGUGUCUUAUAAAGAAUGGACAGCUGUGGUUUUACCAAGACAAGGGCAAGAACAAAGUAACCCAACCUGCUGUGACUCUAGAGGGCUGCAAUGUUUUGCCUGACCCCAGCCCAGAGCACCUAUACUCCUUUCGGAUUGACAUGGAUGGCACACAGAUGGCAACUCUAGAGGCUAAGACAUCAGCAGAUAUGGGUCACUGGCUGGGACUCUUGCUGUCACAGACGGGAAGUAAAACAGAUCCAGAGGAGUUGACAUACGACUACGUCAAUGCUGAGAGGAUCUCCACUAUUGUCAAUGCUGCAAGGACUUCCUUAUACUUGAUGCAGAGGAGGUAUUCAGAGCCAAACACCUACAUAGACACCCUACCUUCUAUUUCUCACAACUCUGAUGAUCUGUACGAUGAUGUGGCCUCUAUACCUGACCCAGAGGAUGCUGAGGAGAAUAGCCAGACUAACUGCGAGGGCAACAAUCUCCAGAAAGAUAAUGAAACAUGCUCACAAGACAAUGCCAAGAGCCCACAGGGUACAGAACAAGACUCUGAAAACAGGAUUUACCUAGACCUUGUCCCUGUGCGCUCUUUCCUUCAUACAUCCUCUGGAGGAAAACUUUCCCCUAAAGAAGCUUCGAGACAUUCCCUAAUACCAGCAGAUGACCAGAAGGACUCCUCUUCUCAAGUUAAAGAGGGGACGUCGACUAACAAUACUGAGCCAGAUUCAAUGCCCGCAUUAAAUGGGACAAACUUAGCCUCUGCUACCAGCAAAGCAGAACAAGAACGAGCCCAGACUCCCACUCCAUCACAGCCACAAACUCAACCAGUCAAGACCUCAACCCAGAGCCAAGAGACCACUAAGAAGACUAGCCUGGGAAUCACACAGGCCUUCAAUUCCUUUGGUGGACAAAUCCACAAGAGUCCAACAUCUCACACUGCUGCUGCGCGUCCUCACAGCCCACAACCUGCAAGGCCCAAGGCACAUACCAUAGGAUGCCCCGGUGCAGUUGAGAUAAAGCUGGGCAAGAACCGCACAGAGGCAGACAUGCGGCGUUACAUUGACGAGCGCGAUCGUCUGGAGAAAGAGAGGGAGGAGGUGAAAAUCAGUCUGGCAAACCUCAAGAAAGAGAAGAGGGAAAUCAAAGAGGAGCUCAGCACCUGCCAAGAUCCCAAGCAGCAGGCCUCAUUGGAAGCCCGUCUGAAGCAGAAAGAGGAGGCGUGCCGAGAGGCAGAGCAGCACAGGGUGGAGGUGGAGCUACAGUUGGUAGAAGUGAAGGAAAGUCUGAAGAAAGUGGAGUCAGGGCCCUUCACACUGGGAACCACACUCGACAGCAGCCUCCAGGACACGCCGAUGCCUAAGGCAUCAACGAUAGGCUCUCCCCAGGUAUCAUCAUCAUCGUCGUCAUCAUCGUUAUUGUCACCGUCAUCUUCUUCCCAACCCUCCAGCAGCAACGUUAACGCAGAUUCAGUUUCCCCGGUCAAUUCUGCGUCUGCUCUUAAAGGCAGACCCACCUCCAUGAUGACCACAAAAGGCAACGUCCUACAGAAAGCUAAGGAAUGGGAAAAGAAAUCAACAACCUAAGAGGAAAUCUUCAUUGACCUCUGAAAUUCAGAAGUUUAUGUUGGUCUAGUCGCCUGUCGCCACAUUCUGACCCACCGAAUGAGCAGACAUUUUAAUCAAGAACCUCCCUUCCCUUGGCCCUUCAACCAAACCAUCACUUUGUCAAGACUAUGAUGAGCCACAGAGGCACACGCCGUGUUCUUGGAUACCACUGGAUUUAAUCUUAAAUUCAAUGACUUUUAAAGUUUGUUUCUAUUUGCAAAGGGAGGAAAGUGAUGAAGUAGCAUUUUGGCCAGUGUAAGAAAUGCAUUAAUGCUACGUUUAAACUUUGAAACGUUGAAAUUAAAAACCACUGAAGUACGAGACAGAGGCCCCCUUACUAAAUCAGCCACUCUGUACACAGACUGUAGCUUGGUUCAUAUAUGCUGGUAGCCAAGAUGUAAAUAUAUUUACACCAUUAUUCAGCCUUUGGGCUUGUAUUGCUAGCUAAAAAUGCACUUUUUAUUCAAAUAAAAAUAUACUGACAAAAA